AUGGAUCCAUUUGUUCGGCAGGCAAUUGUGCGAAUUAUUUUCGGUUGCCGCAAUGGUGCAGUAUAUGGAGCACGCAUUCGGUUCGCCCACGGUAUUGUGAUGGCCGUUUUGUUUAGCAACAAGCCCUGGGCGGAGCGAAUUAAGGGCGUUAUCACCGCAUCGUUUCGGCAUGGGUACUGCCUGGCAAAAUUUGUGCUUUUCUACAAGUCCUGUCUUUUGGCACUAUCUUUACUUCGUAAACACAAACACACUGGUGCUUUAGGUUCGGCUGCCGACGCCAAGGGCUGGGAAACGUUUAUUGCCGGGGCGGUUGCAGGCGUCUUUGUCUUCGGCACAGAUCCUCGGCCUGUCGCUGAGCAGAUCACCUUGUACGUACUGGCUAGAGUUCUUGUGGGUCUUUCGCGCUACUUGACAAUGGGGACUACUCUAGGAACCACAAAGAAUCGUCAGCAUGCGUGGUCGGUGACUUCUUCCGUGGCGUGGGGCUUGGUCAUGUAUCUUUUCCACCAGAACCGGGACGUUUUACAGACAUCAAUGGCCCGGUCGAUGAAUUACCUUUAUGUUGAGAGUGACAAUGUUCAGUUCACGUCUUUGGACAAUUUCUUUGGUCUGUUGUAA